AUGGCGGCGGAGAAGAAGCGGCGGUUGGUGACGUCGCUGCGGACGGACAGAGUUGAGUGGGCCUGGUCACCUCGUCCCCUUCAACCGUGGAUAGAAAUAGCAUCUGGAGAACGUUCUCAGCCCAUCAUCAUCAAUGUCAAUGGGACCAACUUCGUGAAUCGACUGGUGACCUCAGGGAAACUCUACGAUGGCAAGGAUUUCAAUGUGAGGAUUGUCCCCGUUGUGUUUCAAGAUGCCGGAGUUUACGCCUGUGAUCUGGAACGAUAUCGAUUUCCCACCAUUGAUCUAAUCACAGUGAAAGUCACAGCUGAACCGUCUGAUGCAGUGACUGAGGGAGACAACGUUACCCUGACCUGCUCUGUGUCUCACGUCAUUGGGUCAAUGAGACUGGUUUGGAUCAAUGGCGAUGGCAAACGUGUUGGAGAAAAGGCACUGACUGAGGAAGAGAAAUCACCGAGUCUGGUUAUUCAGAAAGCUGAGAGAGGCAGAGGGAACUGGAGAUGUGUUUUGUUUCAUCAAGACCUGCCCCGGCUUUUUGUCCCGUAUCAGGAGCCCCGUGGAUCAUUAGACAUUUCGUCCUUCACAGACAUUAGGAUCAUCAUAGUUCUGGGCUACUUGGUGAUUAAACUGGCCGUUGCUCUUGGACUAAUUUGCUGCUCGUGGAGGAUGAACAGGAGCUGCAGAAAUCCACGGGAAGUUACAGGAAAUGUCACAAACAAUUCAAACGAAGCUGUCACAAUGCAGACCCUGAAUUCUGACCCAGAUCUGAGGGAUCAGAAUGAAUGACCCAGCGCAGAAGAGGCCGUUCAGCCCAUCAGGCUCAUGUCCAAGGAAAUCUGUA